AUGGGACAGGUGCACACGGUGGAACUGGCUGACCUUCCACCGGGAAGCUUAAAUCCAGAAGCUUAUUUUGACAGCCGUCAGCAGCGAGCCCGCCUCCGCGCGCCGCCGCCCAGACACCCCGACGCAGGGGGCGGCGAGGGAAGGGCGCUCGGAGGCCUCAAGGGGCGGCGGGCGGGGCGGGCGGGGUGGGGGCAGGGGUCCGACACCCCGAGGCCUGGCGGCUGCGCUGCUCCUGUGCUGCGAGGCUCGGCCUCAGGGCCUGGGCGCCAGCACCCUAGCCGGGCCGGAGCCCCAAUCAUUAUAGGGUCCGUCUCGGAAAUUGCGGGCCGAGGGGAAUUCAAAUUCAGAGUCCGAUGGAAUCCACCACUUGGGAUCCUCACCCUCGACCUCUUCCAUUCUCACGGGGAGGCUUUGCCUGGACCGAGCUUUUCUAGCCUCAGGUCCUCCGCGUCGCCUCUGCCCAACGAGUUAGCAAACUCCGGGAGUGAUGCCCGUGGGCUUCUACGCGGGAAGACGAUUUACACCACCUUGCUGUGCCCUAAGGGGCUAACGGGGCAAAUGGAGACCACUUCAAGUAUUUCCUAUCAGACAACGAAACUCAAGGAAAUGACCUCAGACGGCACAAGAACUCAGGAGCUGGGCAGCGGUGGGUGAGGUUGUGCAGAAAUGAGCAAGCAUGGCCCCUUGCUGGAAACGGAAAGGGAGGAGACAGAGGGACUGGGGCCCAGGGGCCCGGCAGGAUGGCCAACCUGGGAGCUGUGGCCACAGAGGAGAAACAGCUACUGCCACAGAAGACAUUUAUG